CCUUUCUAAGUUCUCAUAACAUCUAGAUUCUUGAUUUUGUAUUGUAGGCUUACGUGGAUUCUAGUGUUAUUUUGGGCCAGACAGGGCAGUUUCAGAAAGAUGUUGAGAAGUUAUGCUGCUUCAAGGGAGCAAUUGACUAGAUUGGUAGAAUUCGCUAAAGAAAACGGGUCAAUCAUAGUCUAUGAUUCUGCUUAUGCCAUGUACGUUUCAGAUGAUAGCCCGAGGUCCAUUUUUGAGAUUCCUGGAGCCAAAGAGGUUGCAAUCGAAGUUUCAUCAUUUUCCAAGUAUGCUGGCUUCACAGGAGUUCGUUUAGGUUGGACUGCAAUUCCAAAAGAGCUUUUAUAUUCUGAUGGAUUUCCAGUGGCCAAGGACUUCAACCGCAUUGUCUGCACUUGUUUUAAUGGCGCAUCCAACAUUGCCCAAGCCGGUGGUCUGGCAUGUGUUUCACCCGAAGGCAUCAAGGUUGGUCUUUGUUUU